AUGAGUUCCGACAUCCAGGCGUCAGGCUCGGCGUCCGUGUCGGAUGCAUCGGAAUCGAACCUGCCAUCUUCCUCCUCGGCCCAGCUCCCUGACCCUUCGCUGCCAGCGCCCAAUCUGGGCGAAGAUGAAGUAGGCUUCACCGCCGCCGACCUGAUCGCGCAACAAUCCAAGCUGGAGGCGCAAGCAAACGAGGCGAUCCCGUUUCAGUUUGACACCUGCACGCACGAGCGAGGCUACAUCCGUCAACCCGUGUACUCGUGCAAGACGUGUGGUGGUGGCGGCGUAUGUGCCGGCUGCAGCGUAUCGUGCCACGCGGAGCACGAGCUGGUGGAGCUCUUCAACAAGCGCAAGUUCCGCUGCGACUGUGGCACGCCCAACCUGUAUCGACAGCGCGAACCGAACCAUGCUGGCCGCUCGACACGGUUGGCCGAACAGCUGUCGUACCCCGAAGGUGCCAAGCCAUGCACGUUGCGAAAGCCAGGAUUCGAUCCGCAGAACGACACCAACAGCUACAACCACAAUUUUGAUGGAAGCUUCUGCUACUGCGAACGUGGCAAGACAUACGAUCCCGAGAAGGAGGACGAGACGAUGUUCCAAUGCAUCGUGUGCGAAGAGUGGCUUCACGAGAGCUGCACCUCGUUGCGUCCGGCCACGCUGCCCAAAUCUGUCAGCGGCGAUGCUGGAGCAGGUGAAGCGUCCGCCGCAUCGACCACGGCAGCGAUGCCCCCAACUGCAACCGAGCCGGAAGCGCCCUUGAUCGACCACGACUUGUUCGACCUGAUGAUCUGCGACGCAUGCGUGCGCAAGCCGGGCAACGAGCUUCUGCGACGCUACGCUGGAGCACGAGGCUGGAUGAUCGUUGCGACGAGCCAAGAUGCGGGUGAAGCGGGGCAGUACGAUGGCGUCGCUAGCAUCCAAGUGCCGACGGAAGAGGAGCUGCAAAACGCUGGAGGACCGUACCAAGGGCGAAGCUGGAGGAUCUUUGGACUUGCCGUGGAGCCAGAGCAGGCUCUUACGCAAGAAGAGGUGAGCGCUGCCACAAACGGCGCCCUGCUGAAGUCUGUCGCCGAGAUCGCUCGCUCCUCGGCCAGCCUGCCAUUGACAAAGCCAGAAAAGGAGGAGCAGGGCAACGCGCAUGGAGCCGAGUCUGAAGCUCCUGCCGAACACUCAUUGCGAGGCGCGGGCCUGGCCGAGAAGAAAGAUGGCAAGCGACGUGCCGAUGACGAUCCAAAGGACGAUCAGACAGCAGGGGAAGGCAGCAAACGACUCAAGCUCGAAACGACCGAUGCUGGCUGCACUCUGCCAGAGGGUCUAUCGAUGAUCGCGAAGCUCGGGGCGUCGGUGGUGGAUGAGUGGGUGCCUGCACUGAGUUCGGAAGCAUCCGAGACGAGGCCUUCGCAGCGCUGCGAUGUGUUCCUGAGCGACGACUUUCGCGAUCGGAUCUGCCGCUGCGCAGCGUGCCUGCCGCAGUGGAGCGCCCUUCCGCACGUGCUGGAGGCCGAGGAGACGUACGCACCACCGUCGGACCCGCAGGCAUCAGUUCGCGACGACGAUGCGGCGUCGGUGACGUCGUCUACGUACGAUUUAGGUAUGGCUGCGCUGCGUGCCAUGCCGAGAGAGAAGAUGAUCAACUCGCUGCAUGCGUACAGCAAGUUCCGCGAUGCGCUGUGGGAGCACCUCAAGCCGUUUGCCGGCACGGGCAAGAUGGUGCGCGAGGAGGAUGUGCGUGCGUUCUUCCAAAAGACGCUCAACUCGAACAAGUGA